GGAUUCAAAAGUAACUGAUCACAUUAAGUAAAAAUUAUGGUGAAAGUGUGUGUAGUAGGCUGUUUGCAUGGAGAGUUAGAUUGCGUGUAUGCUAAUAUUGCAGAAGCUGAACGACAGGGUCAAUUUAAAACUGAUCUAGUUUUAUGUUGUGGAGAUUUUCAAUCUGUUCGCAAUCCUGCUGAUCUAGAUACAAUGAGUAUCCCACCUAAAUAUUAUCGUAUGGGUGAUUUCUGGAGAUACUAUGCAGAGGAAACUAGAGCGCCUAUCUUAACAUUGUUUGUCGGUGGCAAUCACGAAGCAUCUGCUUAUCUUCAAGAGUUACCUUAUGGCGGUUGGGUUGCUCCAAAUAUUUGGUACAUGGGCUACGCUGGUGUUGUUCAGUUUGCUGGAUUACGAAUAGCUGGUUUAUCAGGUAUCUACAAACAGCAUGAUUAUACUAUGUCGCAUUAUGAACGUCCACCGUAUUCAGAAGCAACAAAACGCUCUGUUUAUCAUUUACGAAAUUUAGAAAUUUUUCGAUUAGGACAAAUUCGUCGCCGGUUAGACAUUGUAUUCAGUCAUGAUUGGCCUCGAGGAAUAUAUCAUUAUGGGAAUACAAAUCAACUUACUAGACGGAAACCACAUUUUCGCAGUGAAAUAGAUUCAGAUAUUUUAGGUAGUCCUCCUGGUGAACAAUUAUUAUGUCGGUUGAAACCUCGAUAUUGGUUUUCAGCUCACUUACACUGUAAAUUUUCAGCACUUGUAGAGCAUUCAGAUUCUAAACCGGAAAAACCGCGAACUACUCGUUUCCUAGCUCUUGACAAGUGUUUACCCAAUCGUCACUACUUACAAUUCUUGGAUAUUGAACCUGAAUUAAGUCAAGAAGAGAGUCUAGUCAAUUCUAAUUCAAAUUCUAAUUUAUCCUCUUUCUCUUCUCAACCUGGAGAAGAUGAUCCAAUCAUUGUUAGUCUUCCUAAUUAUAAGCCUAAUUUCAAAGAAGCACAAACAGAUUCGAAUUUGGAUGAGUCUGCUAAUGAUAAUAGUUCAACUGAUGAAGUGUCUACCAACUUAUAUCUUGAUCCUGAAUGGUUAUCCAUUCUAAGGUCAACUAAUUAUUUGAUGUCUACUAGCAAGGUUCCGUGUAUCCUUCCAGAUAAAGAAACAAGCGAACGUUUUGAUUUUUCUGCAACCGACGAAGAAAUUCAAGCUCUGUAUCAUCCUUUCGGUGGAGAUUUUCAAGUGCCUGAUAAUUUCGAGCGUACAGCAGCCAGUUACAAACCGAAUGAAAUUAUUGGUCAUGUCAGUUCAAGCAUCACUUCGACACCAAUGAGUCUUGUUCAACAGGCGAACUUAUUUUCUAAACAACAGCAGAAAAUGUUUUCCAAUCCACAAACUGAACUAUUAUGCGCUAUGCUUGACUUGAUAAAUCCAAAUGCUUUCUACCUUGGUAAAGAGUCAUACAGUCUGCUAGAAUUGUCUGCUCAACUUCUGUCAAGAAAGGAUGACGAUGAUGAUGAUGAUGAAGACGAAGAGGAGGAGGAGGAGAAGGAAGAAGACAACGGUGAGGCUGAAGAUGAAGCCGAAGAAGAAGGAGAAGAAGAAGAAGAACAUGAAGCUGUCGAUGAAAAUGUAAUAAAUGCCGGUGUAAUGCCGGAUGAAAGCUAUCUAAACACACAAGAAUACUCACCACAUGUAGAGACUACCGCUUGGGUUAGUACAGAUUCUGUAUUAGAAGAUUCUGGUACAGAGUAUGAUCCAAUGAAUAGUGUUCUUGUAUCUAAUAUUGUUCUCCCAGAAUAUACUCCAGUCAUAAAGACUAAUCUGUAUGAUAGUAUUGUAAGUCAGAAUCCUGAAGAAGUACCACUAGAUGACAUUGAUGACGAUGAUGAUGAUGAUGACGACGAUGGAAGUCUCAGUGAAACUCAUCUUUCAUCAAAAGUUGUUGAAUAUGAUCCAGAAGGCUCAAAAUUCAGUGAAUUAGAUAAAUCAGAAGAGAUAUAUGUUCCACAAUUAUUACCUGAUUCGUAAUCUAAUAUAUCUCUGUGUAAUUAAUUCACUGAUUUGUAAAAUAUUUUUACACGUUUACUUGACUGUAUGUAUAAUCAUUGUUUUUUAGGUUUUUGGUUAAGUAUAUUUCAACCGUCAUGUAAUUUUUUGU